AUGAUGGGCAUGAAUGUAACGGGUGAACUCGGUGAUAUGCUGACAAUGUGCAAUCCAGGAAUGGAAACAGUGCCAAUUCCAAUGAAGAAGAAAGUUGUCGUUACGGGAUUCGGACCAUUUCGGGGCUUUGAAGAAGAAAAUCCGUCUUCUAUUAUAAUUGACGAGCUCACGAAAAAUGGAAUUAGUGGAGUUGACCUAGAGCUUCACAAGAUUACAGUUGCUUAUGAGGAUGUAAGCAAGAAAGUUCCGGAGCUGUGGAAUGAGCAUAAACCGGAUUUGGUAAUCCACCUUGGUGCUCAUCCAGUUGAGAAGACUAUUAAAUUCGAGCAACAAGCAUUCUCGAAUGGUUACUGUAGUAAUGAUGUAAACGGAUGUACUCCAGCUGAUAAUAAGACUUCAUGUUCGAGUGAACACGAGACUCUGGUUUCAUGUAUUAAUUGUGAUUUUUUGGUAACCAAAGUUACUGAGAAAUGUGCAUUGGAUGGACAGAAAUACAGUGGAUUAUGUGUCAAAAAGUCUGAAGAUCCCGGAAGAUAUCUCUGCGGUUUCUCGUAUUUCCUCUCUCUUCAUGAAGACUGCUCAAAGUCACUUUUUAUCCAUGUUCCAGCUUUUAAAGAAGAAUGCACAAAAGAAGCUGUGACCGAGGUUAUUCGAGAAACUAUAAAUACUAUUUUAUUUGCAUUCUAGAUGUGAUAAUUCUUUGGGUCAAGAAGUAUUUAGAUUUUUUUACUGUGAUAUUAUGUUUAUAUAAAUUUUCGAAAUUUCUCUUGAAAGUUAAUUUUAGUAAACUGGAUUCGACAGAA